GGCAUGCCAGCGAGUCAGAUAAUUGCGGAUUAUCUCCCUGAUGAUCUUCUGGCGGUCCCUGCGCACGGAGAAGUAGGGUUCAUUGUCGCUGCAGCUGCUGCAGCAGGCGCUCAUUCUUGGGAACCCGAUAAGCGAUCGGGGUAUCCCGCAGUCCUCGGUGAGAGAUUUCAAUUCGAAUUCCGAGCCCAUCAAACAUUGGGCACAGUCGGCGCUUUCGUUAAGUUCGAGCACAAUGACGGCAGUCGACGCCCGCUCACUUUGGGGCAGCUCAGGAUAGCGCUGUUACAAGCUCGAGCGGAUCUGGAGGUCAGUUUCCUUUUCACGGGCUGGAUAACGUGGGACCGUCAAUUCAAUGCCAUGAAUGACUCGAGCAAUCUUUUCAAUAAGUUCUUCUACAUGACCCCUCAAGCAUCCUCCCACAACUGCAGAAGUGGUCUAUGUGUUCAUAGCAAGCUAUCGAAGAACAACGAAGACAAGUAUCACUUGGCGUGGCUUUUUGCGGUGGAUACACCAACAAAACCUCCCGCAAUCUUCCCUUCAACUCUCGUGUUACCAAAUCCGCACAUUUUCAAAUUACUUGCUUUCCACAGCAGCUUUUGGUCAAGCAUCGAGACUAGGCACGCUUAUUCUUGGGUGGGCCAAACUACCGCGGCACCAAAUUUGAUACCGGGUGCUGAGGAAUGGCACAACCCUGAUGAUGUGUCGCGAGUCGAACGCGAUGACCUUGCUCGCAUUCUCGAGUUUCUUGACGAGACGAAUCGCGAAAACAACGAAGGCUUUGACUCGGGAUUCGUUGAUGAUGGUGAAAAUAAUGACAAUGAGAGCAGCGACAAUAGCGAAGAUUCUGAGCCAAGUCGAUCUCUACCAUUUGCUCUUAAUCAAACCUUGUUCAAAGAUCCAAAACGAGUUUACGUGUUCGGCUACGUUCUGGAAUUGAGUGUUAAGUUCCUCUAUGACAAGAACUCCAUCAAGAAUAUAAUGAGUUCAUUACCCAAAUUGACCCAGCAGUAUGUUCGCAUUAUCGUUCUGUUACAAAUUAACCAAAUCGACAAGUGGCUGCGACCGAUUGAUAAGGUGAUAGUCAGGUGUGAGAUGAACUCUCUAUAUAGAACCACGUUAGCUCUUUUAGACACAAAAGAGGGCAUUGGUCGUGGUGUAUUUGACUCCGUUGCCCCGAAAGGGAAGGAAAAUCCGUUCUGGGAGAAGAAGAAUCGAACUGGUGGUGACAUCUUCAGCGACUACUUUAAGACUUUGAAGUGUCUUAGUAGACUACUCAACGAGUUCGGGAAAUUGGAGGAGUACGACAUGGACGCUAGUGCUGGGAAGAUUUCACUUAAGGGCAAAACCUAUCGCAUGAUGACAACUAAUGACAAGGCGAAGUGCAGUCAGAUGACAACAAGAUUUAGAAAUCAUGCCCCAUCCUUGAGUUUUUUGACGCAUGUUCGUUCAGGACGGACCGGAUUUGGUCUUAUGACUGAGGCUGCAGAUAUCAGUCUGUUUCUUCGAGCUUUAGGGAAAGUCGAAGCAAUUUGUAAUCGGAGCCGGUUAUCUAACGAAGCCUAUCUGCAAAAAGCGAGUAACCACAAUUUCGAUGAUUCAUCUCCGCACUCUCAAGUUCUGGCAGAGGUGGAAAAUACUCCCGAGGCAGAUACCACUACAUCAAAGGCAGAGGGGAAGGAGUCGCUACCCGAGAAGGAUACUGAGACUGAGAAGUUGAGAGACACAAUACGGGACGUCUUGAUAUGGAGAUGCAUUCUCAUGGGCAUUCUCUUUUCAACCGCUCCAGAUAAUAGCGAUAUGUUGUCAUCUGGAAUGUGGGAACGCAUCGUUCCUAUUAUAUAGGCCAUAUCCCGCAGGCUAUGAGUUGGGAGGUUACUGUUGUAUCAUCAUAGGGCCUUUCUUUGAUCAACUCUUGCAUCACGCAGGAGUGGGUUAUAUUUCGUUGUGACCAAUUGCGCAACAAUUUGUUUAGAUCGUCACUUAACCGCUUACUGUGUUCG